UUUUUUCUACAACUGUUGAGCUUUCAAGUGUAACCCGAGCUGAGACCGGCCAACCUCAGCAGCUGCCCAUGCGGGGACGCGGUGCUGCUGGCGCCGUCCCCCCCAGCCUUCCCCAGCCGCUCGCUGGCUCGCGCACCCCCGGCACGCAGCGGGGACCCCAAAAGGGGGCUGCUGGCACCUUCCGAGCAUGCAGCCCCACCGAGGGUAAGCCGUGGUGCUCGCCAAAAGGGCCCUGCAGCGGAUCCCACGGGCUGUUUUUUUUCCCUCCCUCCUCCGGCUCCCCCAUCCCUCCCUUCCGCCAGGCGUGCCCGUUUCUGUUCUUCAUUUCUGGGAAGCCAUGGACAAGAGGCAAGAUUCCAAGGGAUCCUUGGAGCCGCACAAACCAGUGAAAAGCAAGAAGAAGCGGGAGCUGAGGAUAACAUGUGUCCCCAUCAAGCAGCCCGUUGCCAACACAACGCCCCCGAGGAACCUGGACUCCAGGACGUUCAUCACCAUCGGAGAUAAGAACUUCGAGGUGGAAGCUGAUGACCUGGUGACGAUUUCGGAGCUGGGCCGUGGGGCUUACGGAGUGGUGGAGAAAGUCCGGCACGCGCAGAGCGGCACCAUCAUGGCCGUGAAGAGGAUUCGAGCGACUGUGAACACGCAGGAGCAAAAGAGGCUGUUGAUGGACUUGGAUAUCUCCAUGAGGACGGUCGACUGCUUCUACACCGUCACCUUCUACGGAGCCCUCUUCCGAGAGGGCGACGUGUGGAUCUGCAUGGAGCUCAUGGACACCUCCCUAGAUAAAUUCUACAAGAAAGUACUAGAGAAGAAGAAAACCAUCCCUGAAGACAUUUUGGGGAAAAUGGCCGUGUCUAUCGUACGGGCUCUGGAGCAUCUGCACAGUAAGCUGUCCGUAAUCCAUAGAGACGUGAAACCUUCCAACGUGCUCAUCAACAAGGAGGGACACGUGAAGAUGUGUGACUUCGGGAUCAGCGGCUACUUGGUGGAUUCAGUCGCAAAGACCAUGGAUGCUGGCUGCAAACCGUACAUGGCUCCAGAAAGAAUAAAUCCUGAGCUGAACCAGAAGGGCUACAACGUGAAGUCGGAUGUCUGGAGUCUGGGGAUCACCAUGAUCGAGCUGGCCAUUCUCCGCUUCCCCUACGAGUCCUGGGGCACCCCCUUCCAGCAGCUCAAGCAAGUGGUGGAGGAGCCGUCGCCCCAGCUGCCUGCCGACCGCUUCUCCAAGGAGUUUGUGGAUUUCACGGCGCAGUGCUUAAGGAAGAACCCUGCUGAGCGAAUGAACUAUUUAGAACUUAUGGAACACCCCUUCUUUACCUUGCACGACACCAAAGAGACUGACAUGGCCUCCUUCGUGACAGAGAUCCUCGGGGAAGACUCCUAACUCAAAGCUCACGGCUUCUGCAGUCCCCUCCACCCGGCAUCCCUGCAGCACAGCCGACGAGGACUCGAGUCAGUGGUGGUUUGCACAGAUCACAUUUCCCCCACCCACGGGCGUCUCCGGGCCUGGCCGCCCUUGCAGUCUCUUUUCUCUUUGCCCCGUAACUGAAAUCCCCCAGGAGGAGCCUUCUGAAGCCGACACCUUCCCAACUAAGCCACCACAACCGAAGGCUGGGGAGCAUCCUUGGGGUGCCAGGCACGUCCCCCACCACAAGGGGAUGGUGCCCAUGGUACCUGAGCGGGGCCAGGCACCAGCUGUCAUCACUCCUGGCACAACAGGCACAGAAUUUUUACCUUUUUCUUCCCUUUUGCUGACUGGGGAGGGCAGGGAGAAAACAUUCUGCUGUGCUUUCGCACUCCUCGUCUGCCCUGCCCCAAGCCCCGUCCCCAAACUGUGUCCCUUCUGUGCCUGCCUCUCUGCCCCAAGGCUCCUGGGCAGCUUUUUAGGAGGCUCCACAGCUCCCUGGGUACACCGCUGUUCCCACAAGAAGCCGUUUUAAUGCCUGGUUCGACCCUUCAGUGCAGCACCAGACCUGGCACCCCCUUCCCACCCCCUCACCGCCUCCAUCCAGCGGCCCCUUGAAGGUGGAGGGGGAAACAUUUUUUGGAUGAGCCACGCCGCGCUCUGCGUCCCCAGGGGAUGGGGUGGACGAGUGGGACCCUGGUGGCCACCUCCAGCCUCAUUUUUGGAGGAUGUGGGGUACAGAAACCAUCCAACACCACCCGCAGCCACUGCCUCUGCCUUCCCCAGCUCCUCAGGCCGGAGAGGAUGCUGCUCCAUCUCCCUUCCCAGCCCGGGCUCGUGUAAGACCUCGCACUGUGACACCCCUCGUUUCGGAGGCCCUGCUGCCACCCAUGCAUCCCGAGCUGCCUUCGAGCCCCGUGGCUGCCCACUGGGAUGUCAGCCAAAACCCGAAACCCAACGACUUGCACGGGGGCUGCUGCCAGUUGUACAUUUUCUGUCUAUAGAUGAUGGACUUCGUAACGUGUUUCCUAGUUUUAACCUAACUUGCUAUAAAUUAAAAAAAAAAAGCCCUUCUGUGGGGGAGGAGGGAGGAGCGGUUUCUUCUCCGCUAGCAAAUCCACUGUGAAAACCUGAUGUGUUUCCCUGCUCCCCCAGCCUCAGCAGCCUGCGAGGAGCUACGGGAGCAAAAGGGAUUUCUGUCUUCUACUGUACGUGGUCACAGGACAAACGCACCGGCUGUGGAUUUUUUUUUUUUUUUUGAUAGAUUGAGUUUUCAGAGGGAUUUUUUUCCUUUUCUAAUAUAUAUUUGUGUGGGUGUAUGUGCGCGUGCUCUAUAUAUUAUAUAUUUUUAAAAAUCAGUGACGAAUGUGUGAAUGUCUGUGUGGCUAGCAGUUUUGGUGAAAUGGCUAGCGAUUUUCUGGCUAAAUUUGGGGUGGUGGGGAAGACUUCUAGAAGAGACCCCGGCCUAAGAUUUUUUUUUUUUUUUUUUAAAGAAAUGCAUCUAUUUUUUAAGCGGACUCUUUUAAAAAACGUUUUUCCUAAAAUCCCUGCCCUGGAGGCCUGGAUUUUAGGGUGCAUUUCCCUUCUUUUUGGGGUCUUCCACCUGCUGAAAAGCUUCUCCCCCAGUGUCUUGUCCACCCAGGGAGAGGGAUCAGCCCUGAAAAAAACCAUCAGGGAUAUUGAGAUGGACAAACCCUGUUCAGCUUUGGGCUGACCCUGACCCCCACCCCACCUUUUUGUAUAAUAUACGCUGAUUGAUGUUCUCCACGCCCCCCCCCUCGGUCCCACUCUGCAAACCACCCUGGCACUCGCUGAGCGCCCCGAUGCUGGCUUGGUAGGACAGCUUUGCAGCUUCUGUACAAAUUUGUACAAUUGUAAUUUUUUUUUUUUAGAUGUUUACUUUGGAUUGUUUUUGUUUGGAUGUUGAGCUUCUGUUUUCCCCUUUCUCCUUGUUUCCAUCCCUUUCCUUACCUCACCCUUUUUUGGUGCUUGGGGGAAUGGCGACUAUUUUUUUUUUUUUUUUUGCAUGUUUUUAUUUUUGGCUGCCUUUCUCCUCUCGGACACGCUCCUGACUCCUGUGUUUUGGGGAAGGGGAACAUCUGCCCUUACGGAUACUGGGCCAUGCCUGGAGGGUGGGCUUGGGACCCUGCUGAUGAAGCUGGGAGCUGCGGAGGAGACGAACGCAGCAGCUCCGUGUCCCUCGGCUGGGGCCGGGAGCCACCACCUUGGCUUCAAGGUGGGAGAGGUUUUUAACCACAGCGAAAGCCCCCCCAGCCCUAUAUGUCUAAGAACGGUCUGUACCCAUCCAACCCCAUCCUUUUCAAUAAAAUCACCCCUCAAACCA